AUGGCCCAAGUCCCGACCCGCCUCACCGUGGCUCCCGUCCCACCGGACGAGAUCUUCGCCUUGAACGCCGCCUUCUUCGCCGACCCCUUCCCACAGAAAGUCAGUCUGGGAGUGGGCGUCUAUCGCACUGAUGACGGGAAGCCCUGGCCCUUGCCGGUCGUGCAGAAAGCCGAGAAGCAGCUGGCGGAGGAGAACGACCUCAUGCGACAUGAGUAUACCGCGAUCGAGGGCGACGUUCCGUUCCUGGGCUUGGCGCGGGACCUGAUGUUUGGCUUUGAGGGCAAGCAGGAAGAGGAGAACGCCAAGGCACGUAUUGCCUCUGUUCAGACCGUCGCCGGCACCGGUGCCAACCACCUGGGCGCCCUGUUCCUCGCCCACCACAUGAAGCCCCCCACGGUCUGGCUGUCUAACCCCUCGUGGGCGAACCAUAUGACGAUCUGGGAGCUGGCCGGUGUGCCCCGGAAGACCUACCCUUACUACCAUGCUGCCACCCGGUCGUUUGACUUCGACGGCAUGAUCUCGACCCUCGAGAACGAGGCCCAGGAAGGCGACGUCGUCCUGCUGCACGCCUGCGCCCACAACCCCACCGGCCUGGACCCGAACAAAGAGCAGUGGAUUGCCAUUGCCGACCUCUGCGAGCGCAAGAAACUCUUCCCCUUCUUCGACUCCGCCUACCAGGGCUUCGCCUCGGGCUCCGUCGAGGAGGAUGCCUGGGCUGUGCGCUACUUCUUCAACAACAAGCCCGACAUGGAGAUGUGCGUGGCACAGAGCUUCUCCAAGAACUUCGGCCUGUACGGACAGCGUGUGGGCGCUUUCCACUACGUCACUAACCGCAGCGCUACCGCUAUCCGGGACAUUGUUGUCAACAACCUUUGCCACUUGAUCCGUGGCGAGUUCUCCAUGGGCCCGCGUAUCGGCUGCAGUAUUGUCAAGAAAAUCAUGACCAACGAGGAGCUGGUGGCCGACUGGCACCAGGAUUUGCAGGUCAUGAGCUCUCGCAUCAAGUCCAUGCGCCAGGCUUUGUAUAAUGAGCUGGUUCGCUUGAAGACUCCUGGUACCUGGGAGCAUAUCGUCCAACAGAACGGAAUGUUUUCUUAUACUGGUCUCACCCCAAAGCAGGUCUAUUCUCUCAAGGAUAAGUACCACAUUUACUUGCUCAAGUCCGGCCGUGCCUCCAUCAGUGGCUUGAGCGAGAAGAACGUGGUCUAUGUGGCGCAGGCCAUUGAUGAUGUUAUUCGGAACGUACUUUAA